GUAGAAUUGGAAUUUAUUCGAGAUACAUACAAAAUGAAACUUCUCAUCGUUUUUGCUUGCAUCCUGUUGAUGGUGGGCAGUUCAACAUCUUUUGAAUGUGGACCUAAUUCGCAUUACACUCCGUGCGUCUCGAAUUGUCCUAUGACCUGCUUCAGUUUAUACGCGCAUAACUUCUGCGACGAAGAAUGUCUCAGCGAUGGAUGUGCUUGCGACAAUGGAUAUGUACUCGAUGUAGAUGGGAAUUGCGUAACGAAAGACGAUUGUUUAGAAACUGAACGUGUGUGCGGACCUAAUGCAAUCUUCAUUUCUUGUGGAAGCGGUUGCUAUUAUCCACCCGUCAUUUGUGGCAAAUCUACCGGAGAAGAAGUAGAACCAUCAACUGAGCCCAGGAUAUGUCCUGAUGUUUGCGUACCACGUUGUUAUUGCAAUAGUGGUUUUUGGAAAAAUUCCAAAGGCGAAUGCGUCUUACCCGAAGUUUGCGAAUAAUAAUGCCGAAGAAAUCCGAAUUAGAUUGAUUAUUAUUAUAAACAAUAUAAAACAAUACCAAAACCUAUGAUUUCAUAAGUUUAUUA